UACACUUCUGUCCAUUCACAUUUAUACGCCAGUUCGCUAGCCAUUCUUCAACAGAACUUAAGUGUUACGCUAAUAUUCUUGAUGCUAAUAUGUGGGAUUUGUUACGACUCAUUAAAGCUGAGUCAUCCGUAAUACAUAGUUGAAGUCAAUACAGUAUUAGCUGUUGGAAAAUCUGCUGUAUGUGUGAUGUAGAGAGUUGGGCCUAAAACACUGUGAUGUGAAACACCAACCCUUAUCGGUCAUUCAUCAGAUAUGAAAUCUCCUACUUUCACCAUAAAUUGUCUAUUAUUUAAAUAACGCUGUAAUCUAUAUACAUAUAUAUAAAAAUUAAAUGGUGUAUAGUUGUAACGCUAAAACUCGAAAACGGCUGAACCAAAUGAAAUACUUCCUUUGGGGGAUUUGUUUGUUAUUACUACGCGCAGGUCAUGUCUUAAACUCAGAACAAAAUAUUAAGGGGGCGUGGCACCUCCCAUACAAAUUGAAUUUUUCAAGUCGAAUAUCUUCAAAAGUGUUUAAGGUAGGAACAAGAAAAUUGGUACAGAGCUACAGGAUAACAACACCACUCUCACCUAUAAAACCGGGGGCUAUCGAAAAAGGAGGCGUGGUACCUCCCAUACAAACUAAAUUUUUGAAGCAGAAUAUCUGUGAAAGGGUUCAAGGUAGGGACCUGAAAAUUGGUAUAGACCUAUAUGGUAUCUAAAGCCUUCUUACACAUAAAAGAAGGGGUAAUCGGAAAAGGGGGCGUGGCACCUCCCAUACAAACUGAAUUUUUCAAGGUGAAUAUCUUCAAAAGUGUUUAAGGUAGGAACAUGAAAAUUGGUAUAGAACUAUAGGAAACAACACCAUUCUCACCCAUAAAACUUGGCGUUAUCGAAAAAGGGGGCGUGGUACCUCCCAUGCAAUCUUUAAUUAUUUUGGUUGUUAAUCCACCAUAUAUUUAUCUCAUUUUCCACCUAGCACGACAUUUUGGUUUUUUCUUGCUAUUUUUGUUUAUUUAUCGGUGACAGUAGCGGUUAUAUCGUAAUUUUGGUUGUGUUACGUGCUUUUUGGUUUAUGGAAAUGGCAGUUUUAUGAAACAAACACAAAUUAAAUUAAACGUCAAUUUUGCUUUGCAAUCGAACACGCAAAAUUUAGAGGACAAUAAAAAUGCGCCUUGCUUUACUGAUAUCUUGAUAUAUUUUGUUUUAAAAAGUUAUUUAUUGAAAGUGAUUUAGCGUGUUGGCGAAUACCGAUUUAUGUACAUUGGAAUUUAUCAUUCAAUUGAUCCGCUUCCUUAGUUUAAUUCAUUCAUUUUUGGAGUUUUCAAAGGUAAGUUGUUGGUCAGUAAAACCUUAUAUGAACUUUAUACAAAUGAAUGAUCAUUUCCAAUUAGAUAUUUGUUACGAUGCCAAGAAUCAGUACGUAUGGUAACACUUCUCGGAGUUCCCAGGCCGCAAGGAGAACACGAAAUAGCAGAGCACGUCAAAGGGAAAGUGUUAUUGAGAGGGUAUCACCACGAAAUACACUGCUGGAGAAUAGCAUGCACCAGUUAGAAGAUGUCAACCAAACAUACAAUCAGCAAGAACGAUUGAGAAGAAGGGAAGUUCACAAUCAGCAACAACGAUCGAGAAGAAGGGAAGUUCGUGCUCGCCAAAGUGAUGCAGUAAGAUCACAACAUGCAAUUAUUCGACGACAACAGCGGCAACAUCUUUCUUUUGUGAACAUUGAACGGGCAGGUUUUCGAUAUGAUCCAAACAUUCAAUAUAGUGCAUCUGUUCAAAUCGGUCAGAUGUCAGUAAUUUGUCAAUAUUGCAAUGCAGUCAAAUUUAAAAAUGAACCGCCAGUGUUAUGUUGCGCCGGGGGAAAGGUUAAGUUGCCAGAACUGCUUCCACCACCACAGCCAUUGUUCCAGCUGCUUUACGGUGAAUCUCCUCACUCGAGCCAUUUCUUAAAGCACACUAAAAUUUACAACGAUUGCUUUCAAAUGACGUCGUUUGGCGGUGAAAUUGUAAAUGAACAAAACUACAAUCCAACGUUUAAGGUUCAUGGGCAAAUUUUUCAUCUCGCUGGAUCGCUGUUGCCGCAUCCAGAUCAAGAACACAAAUAUCUCCAAAUUUACUUUCUGGGAGAUUCACAUGAUGAAGUAAAUCGGCGUUGUGCUAUCUUCAAUACAACGAAAAGAGAAAUAAUCGAACAAUUGCAGCAAAUGUUACACGAACACAAUUAUUAAACCGUUUACGAUUUCGUUGGAACGUAUGCCAACAGAUGAUCAUAGUAUAAUCAUACAAGCGGACAAAAGACCAACAGGGACACAUGAAAGAUAAUAUAAUGCACCUACAGUUAGCGAAAUAUCAAUUGUUGUUGUUGGAGAAAAUUUGCAGUCGCGUGAUAUUGUUAUCAAACGUAGAAAUCAAAACGCACUAAAACGGAUAAGUGAGACACAUCGGUCUUACGACGCAAUGCAAUAUCCGCUCAUGUUCUGCCGUGGAGAAGACGGAUAUCACUUAGGAUAUAAGAUGAUAAAUCCGGUGAAUGGUUAGUAAAAAAAAAUUUUUGUUUGCUACUUCAUAUAGUUAAUUUAAGCUUUUAGGUGUCGAGACAAAUAAAAAAGUCAGUUCAAAGAAGUUUUACGCAUAUCGAAUGAUGAUUCGCCAAAACUAUGACAACCACUUACUGAGAUAUGGACGGUUAUUUCAACAGUAUGCAGUUGACAUGUACGUUAAAGUUGAGACAGAACGACUUAAUUACAUGCGAUACAAUUAGUCAAAUGGUGAUGCGGAUAUUACAGAUAUUGGUCGACUCUAUAUUUUGCCAUCGACAUACAUUGGCAGUCCUAGAUACAUGCAUGAGUACUCCCAGGAUGCGAUGACUUACGUGCGCAAUUAUGGACGGCCGGAUUUGUUUGUUACAUUUACUUGCAAUCCAAAAUGGCCAGACAUUACGAAUCUAUUGCAUCCCGGUCAAUCACCAAGCGAUCACCACGACGUUACAGCACAGGUGUUUAAACAAAAACUAAGAUGUUUGAUGGACUUUAUAACGAAACAACGUGUAUAUGGCACUGUUCGAUGCUCGAUGUACUCAGUGGAGUGGCAGAAGAGAGGUUUGCCCCACGCACACAUUCUUCUUUGGAUGGUGGAGAAAAUUACACCUGACCAAAUUGAUGACAUCAUUUCCGCCGAAAUUCCUGAUGUUGAAAUAGAUCCAGAGUUGCACGAAGUGGUGAUGGCCAAUAUGGUUCAUGGGCCAUGCGGAGAACACGAUCCAUCUUCGGUUUGUAUGUCGGACAGUAAAUGCAAAAAACGCUAUCCCCGUGCUUUUAUUUCGGAAACUCAAACUGGAAACGAAGGAUACCCUCUCUAUCGGCGUCGCUCACCCGCUGACAAUGGCAGAACAUUCAUCACUCAAUUGAAGGAAAAGAAUUUCGUGGUUGAUAACACAUGGACCGUUCCAUAUUCGCCAAUUUUGUCUAAGGCAUUCAAAACACAUAUAAAUGUUGAGUAUUGCAGUUCAAUAAAAUCAAUUAAGUAUGUUUGCAAAUAUGUCACCAAAGGAAGCGAUAUGGCGGUUAUUGGCGUUGAACGAGAUGAAAUUAGAAAAUUUCAAAUGGGCAGAUAUGUGAACUGCAAUGAAGCAAUCUGGAGAAUAUUUUCAUUUGCAAUUCAUGAACGCCAUCCUACUGUUGUGCAUCUGGCAGCUCAUUUGGAGAAUGGCUAGCGAGUUUAUUUCAACGCAGAGAACAUAGUACAGCGAACGGAAAUACCACCAGCAACCACUUUAACAAGUUUCUUUGCAACUUGCGCCAGUGAUCCGUUCGCGAGAACAUUGCGUUACUCGGAGAUGCCUCGGUAUUACACAUGGAAUGCAUCGUCGAAGAAAUGGUUGCGCAGGAAGAACGGCCAUCCGGUAGAUGGUUAUCCAGGUGUUUUUUCAACUGAUGCAUUGGGAAGAAUUUACACAAUCCAUCCAAGGAACGAUGAUUGCUUUUACCUACGUUUGCUUUUGAUUAAUGUACGCGGUUCAACUUCAUUUGAAUCAUUGAGGACUGUAGAUGGAACCAUUUGUGCAACAUUUCAAGAAGCAUAUCAACAAUUGCAAUUGCUUGAACACGACAGUCACUGGAAUCAAACGCUAGCGGAUGCAAUAGCUUCUUCACCAGCCACUGCAGUUCGUACACUUUUCGCUAUUAUAAUUUCGACAUGUCAGCCUUCAAACCCGCGUCUAUUAUGGGAUACGUACAAAGAUGA